AUGGGUUUGUCUGCGUCCUCCCCAGCUGCGGCAGGUCAGUCGCUGAGUGCAUCCGAGCAACAUCAGCCGGCGUCGCCACCUUCAGAAUGUUCUAUGCAUCAGGAAAAAAUGAGCGGUUGUCCAAUGCACAUGAAGACUCCUGAUCAUGGAACUGAGAACACAGACGAUGUUCCUGCACAUCAAGAAAGGGCUUAUGAAUUUGUAGAAUGUCCAGUGAAGUCUGGUUCAUCUCAAAUGAAAGAUGACAUAGAUCCUAGCAAUAUGAUGCCUCCUCCCAAUCAGCAGCCGUCCCCUGGCCAGCCAUUUCCAUUGUCAACUGUUAGAGAAGAAUCUUCAAUUCCUAGAGCACACUCUGACAAGAAAUGGGUCUAUCCUUCAGAGCAAAUGUUCUGGAACGCUAUGCUAAGAAAAGGGUGGAGGUGGAAAGACGAUGACAUAACAGGGGAAGAUAUGACCAACAUUAUUAAGAUUCACAACCAAAAUAAUGAACAAGCUUGGAAGGAGAUUUUGAAGUGGGAAGCGCUUCAUGCUGUGGAAUGUCCGUGUGGACCAUCGCUGAUGCGGUUUGGAGGCAAAGCAAAGGAAUAUUCACCAAGAGCCAGAAUACGUUCAUGGAUGGGAUAUGAACUUCCCUUUGACAGACAUGACUGGAUUGUUGACCGAUGUGGAAAAGAAGGGCGGGAUGUUAUCGAUUACUAUGAUGGUGGAGCAGUAGAUAAGAACUACCAGUUCACUAUCCUGGACGUUCGCCCCGCGUUUGACUCUCUCUCGGCUGUGUGGGACAGAAUGAAGGUAGCUUGGUGGCGGUGGACCUCGUAACAACUCCUGUGGUGUGCAGGCAAAAAGCAGACCACUU